AUGGCCGAAACAGAAACAUCCACAAUCGCAUCUACAUCAAAAAGCACAUCCAUCUCUCCUCCCGCAGCAAUAAAACCGGUGCAAAUCCAGACCUCACAAACCACACCGCAUGUCGACAAAGUCAACGAACUCCAUGAAACAGAUGAAGCGGAUUCCAUCCAUGAGAACUCUCGUGGCGCAACUGAACUCGCGACUUUUGCGAAAUUAAGACGCAAUUAUACACGGGCUUCUACGCGUUAUGCUUCCUCUACUGUAUCGGAAAAACCGUCUACGUCUCCUGGUGGGUUUGCUGAGGGGGUAAGAAAGUUUUGGAGGAGGCAGAUUAGCAUUAAGGUUGAUCACCAUACUUGUAGAGAUCAUUUAGGUACGUUUUCUUGAUUGCUUGUUUUUCGCUUGGACGUUAUACCAUUCAAGUUUGAUUCGGUGUCGAUCUUAUUUUGAUUGAACUGCUUCAGUUGUAUCUUCAUCGCGAAGACCGUUUUCACAAGCUCAUUGCGGAAAGAUGAUGAACUAUGUAUCCGUGCACCCAAGGUAUAG